AUGGAUAGCAUUGAUGAAUCUUGUGAGGAAACUUCAAAUGAUACGACCAUGAUUUCGGAACUAUUAAAAUCGGCCGAGGUAAUGCCACAAACUCAAGUGCUUGGAGCGGCGACAACAACAUCAUCCUCGUCCAGCAUUGGAGUCAAUGUUACAGGUGCUGGUACAGGUGGUGUUUUGAUGAAAAAUUACAAAACACCAUCGGAAAAGCAAAUUCAACCUCCGACAUUCCACAUAAAUCCAAAUAAUAAUGUCCAAAUUGGUCCACCACCCCCACCUCUAACGGCUAUUGGUCACAAUAACCCUACAACCACUAAUAUUAUUAUGCUCAAUCAUCAGGGAUAUUCCAAUAUAGCCAGUAUGGAAGAUUCCAAUAAAUUGCAACAACAACAACAGCUGCGUCACGUUCACAUUCCCUAUAUUUUAAAUGGCGAAUUGUAUCAAAUUCAAACCCAAGAUGGUGAAAAUGUAACUGUAAAAUGUUGUCAUUGUCCACCGGAUCGUGUUUAUAGGGGGAGUGUUCGAUCAACGGGUAAUUUUCAUAUGCAUAUUAAGCGUCGUCACCCCGAUUUAUUGGAAAAAUUGCACGACAUGAAAGUCAAUGCCUUAUUGGAAAGGCGUGAUCGUUUGAUGCGUAAUCGUAAAAUAACAUCACGCAGUAAUCGCAACAACAGAAUACAUUCACCAAAUAUGGUGACGACUUCCAUACCCCCCACAACAUCGCUGCAACAAAAUAAAGAGGAAGCAAAUCAAAUGAUGAAAAUUCACGAAACUACAGCAUUGCAACAGUCCCUAAAUACUGCCACAGACUUGGGUAUGUUGCAAACACACAAAUUGAAAAUCAAAACUGUGUUUCAACGACAUCAAAUGCAACAACGAGAAGCAGCCGGAAUGCAUAAUUGGAAUAAUGUGGAUUAUGUUGUCUUGCCUAUAGGAGGAGGAGAAGGUGGACAGCUCUCAACAACUGCAUCCAAUGACCAUCCGUCGCCUGAGGGUCCCAUUAAUUACAGCCUUAAGACGACUGAGAGUAGUAUGCCAAGUCACUCAUCUUCCCAAAUGUCACAGCAGCAGCAGCAACAACAACUAUCGAGUUCCAACAUCACUCCCACAACAACUACUACUAACGAUAUAAAUAACAAUAUUUCCUCUGGCCAACAACUAGAACAAGAACAACAACAAAUUGCAACAGAUUAUGGAAGCAACAACAACAACAAUAGUAAUAACAAUGAAUAUCUCUAUGAAAAUCUACACAGGAAUUUGUCAACGACUAUUACACACACAUCAUCCGUAUCGCCCAGUGUUUUGAGUUCUUUUUCAUCUCUCAAUAAUAAUAACAAUAAUAAUGCCUCAAAUAUUAAUCAACAAUAUAAUAUGGAAACAAUUUCAUCAUCAACAUAUCAGCCAUAUAUCAAUCCAUCAAUACAUCAAUCUCAGCAGCAGCAUACAUUGUCCAUAAUCAAGCCGGAGGACUUGUUAAUUGCACCCGAACAACAAGCCAUUGAUUUGACAUUAAACAACGAUUCGGGUAUAUUUUCAAAUUCUAGCAUAAAUAUAUCUCAAAAUUCCAACACCACUGCAACAACAACACAUGAUAAAAGAGCUGGUUCUCAUCAUCUUCAUAACUCACCGUCUGGUAAUCACACCACAGGAGGAGGCACCACCACCACUGUAGCUGACAGUAUUGCCCAAAAAUGGCAAGAAUUAUUAAUGCAUGUUGAAACAUCAUUACGUGAUAUACAACAUGAAAUGAAUAUACGCAAUCAAAUUGAAUCAAAUCGUAUGUUUUUGGAUAUAGCAAAAUUUAAAUUUCUUAAUCCUGGUUUUCAAUUUAAUUGGUGA